CUUUUCAUUUAUUGCACAAAAAGAAACACACAAUAAACCAAUUCCCACUACACAAAACCCUGCCACCACCACUAACUCCCUGCCAACACAGCUCCUACCACUCUUUCUUCUCUCAUUUCAGAUCUAAAACCAAAGAAAAUGCAAACCAAUCUCACACUCACUACUCUCUUCCUCUACUUCUUCAUCUCAACUUUCUCCACCUCCAUCUUAGCCCAUGAUGAAGCCCAAACCCAAGAUCUAGUCCAUUCCUCCUGCAUUCACUCAAGGUACCCAAAACUAUGUCUUCGAACACUCUCCAACUACACCGGACCCACCAAAAGCCCACUAGACAUAGCACAAGCUGCACUUCACAUAAGCUUAGCCCACGCCAAGAGAGUCUCCAAAUAUCUACGCUCUUCCAAAAGUGAAGCCCAUGGCAGCAACAGCAGCUUAAGCAAACGCCAGCAGGCUGGUCUAAGUGACUGCAAAGAGCAGAUUGCUGACUCAGUGGAUGAACUUGGAAGAAGUUUGGAGGAGUUGCAGAUGAGCAAUGCCUUGACGUGGGUAAGUGCUGCACUUACGGAUGGUGAUACUUGUCUUGAUGGGAAUGUUAGGGCUGAUGUUAAGAAGAGGGUUAGCGAUGUUGCUAGGGUUACGAGUAAUGCUCUUUAUUUGAUUAAUCGUGUUGGACAAAGUUGGAAUGGGAAGCACAAGGUUAAGGAUAGUUCAAGAUCCAAGAAUUGAGGUUGUGUUUGAAUAUUUUUGUUAUCGAUGUUAUCGUAUUUUUUUAAAAUAAAAUAUAAACAAAGGAAUACGAUAACAUCGACAAAAAAAAUAUAAACAAAUGUAAGUAAAAAAAAUUGAUGUGAUUGGAUUAAAUUUUGAACUUCGUACAUCAAUUUUAUCUUAUUUUUGUUUAUAUUUUGUAACGUAAGUAUGUACGGAGAAGAAAGAAAAGAACGUGGGAAGUGCAGGUACUGCUUGGUUAUUUAAUGUUUGUAGUACUUGAAAUGAAAUGUGAACUUUUGUUGUAAUUGAUAUAUAAAUCGAUGUUUGUUGUUAA